AUGCCUCCCGUGCUGAAUCCCUUCUUACGGGCCUUCUUCCGUAGUGCACUCCCCAGCCAGUGCCAGCCAGCCCAGCACCACGUCCUUCUCGUUCCCACCACCGAAGUCCUCCUCACAUCGCGCGACAAGGAAUCAAACACCUCGUACAUCGACCUCAGCGGUUCCGAAGACUUCCUCGCAAGCCAUGUGCUGCGCGUACCGGGCGGAGUGGGGCCGAACAAUCACCCCAAGGACUCGGGUAGUUUCAGGGAAACGCGGGGGAAGGCGAAGCAGUUUACCACCGCAAAUGGCCGGACGGUGAUAGUCAAGGAUGCCUUCAUCUAUAGCAACAAAGGAUUCAAGACACUCAACCAGGCGCAGCUCUUGAGCGAUACCAUUUUCUACCCCGACUCCUUCGAUGCCCAGCCAUGGCUCGUCUAUUUUAUAUCCCGGCCCCUCAUAGGCACCUUCGAUGCGAACCCAAUAAUACCCGCUACACUUCAGCCCAAGCAGGAUGCAGGAGCAGGGCCAGGAGCAGGGCCAGGAGCAGGACCACCGGUCGCAGCGGGCCCGUCUGGAGGCGCCAGCUCCUCCAUGCCUCGGAAGAAGGAAGUCAAGUCCUUCAGCGACCUGUUGAACCACUUCCCAAUGAUUGCACGUCAAAUGCAACCAGGGCUGGAGAGGCUGUUCAAGGAGUUUGGCAAGGAGCUUGAGAAGCCUUUGCCAGCGACACCAUCACAGAGGUCGCGGCGAUCGUCCAUGAGUUCCCGAAGACGUGGGUCAGUGUCCUCAAGAGAGACGACACCUUUCUCUAUACACAGUAGCAUGUCACACGGCACGAAUGGGUUUGUCUCAAAUCUGGAGAUUAGCGACGAAGAAGACCAAAUGCGGAGAUCGCUAGAAACCGCAGUAACAGCGGCCAUUGACCUCUUCCAGAUGGUAGAUAAGCAGCAACUGUCAUUAUUGGGCGCCACAACCGACUUGACGGGUCCCAUCGUGGAGCGCAUGAUUGAACGAUAUAUCGCCGAGCAAGUACACCACACAAUCCUCUUCCCGCGAAUACAAGAAAUACGGCUACUAGAAGACACCGACCUCGAGCGCCGCACGCGACAAAUGGUGGAUAUUGAUAUAUCGCAGGUCGGCAUCGACAUCGGCCAUGGCCGCAAAGGCAAGCAAGAACUAGCUAUACGACUUUCCAAGGCUGUCGAUAUGUUCAAGAAGAUGGGUGUUGCGGGCAGUCCACAAGAGAUGUUGGAAAUACUUCUCAGCGUACAGAAGCACAUUACAAUGCCGGAUGAAUCGCAGGAGAAGGUCAUGACAAACGGAGAGCAGAUGUCGGAGAAGCAAGAUCAUCUUCUUACCAUCAACGCGGAUACACUUGUGUCGCUGUUGCUCAUAGUAGUGAUAAGAGCGCCUGUACGGCAUCUGCAGGCACGACUUUCAUAUAUGCGACAUUUCAUCUUCAUUGACGACGUCGAGAGCGGGGAGAUGGGCUAUGCACUCAGCACAUUCGAGGCUGUCCUUUCCUACCUGACGACAGACUCAGGCGGUCUACGAAGAGCAAGCCGACGGAAUCGGGCAUUGUGGCAGGCCACGAAAUCUGGUGAUCUUGAAACAAUGCAGGGUAUACUGGAGCCCGAUCGAUCGUUCAAUCCAGAUCUGGAUAGCUUCUCGGAUGAGAGCGAUACCCCACCAAGAAAUCGUCAACUCAGGUUUGCUGCAAGUUUAUCAGAUUUGCAUUCUGUAGGAGGCACUACCUUGAACGGGGACGAUGAAUACUCAUCACGACGGCGAAGCAUAUCUCGCGACAAGAGUGCGCAUGAAGAUGGUCCCCUGGCACACAUAUUCCCUUUCCAGCGCGCUCAAACACCACCACUGCCUGGCAGACCGAAGAUGAAGAAGAGGGUAUCCAUGGACACUAGGAGUAUGUCGAGUGGCUCAGCACGGUCGUUCCGAUCUCGUACAACCCUCGACUCCCGGGUUAGCGCUAUCGAAGGCGACGUUUCGAUAGAAAAGCUCACCAUGACACAAGGGCCCGACGGUGAGUCAGUGAUGAUGAUGGCGAUUGAAAACAAUCAGGAUAAAGCAUUGCAAUAUCUGCUUAGUCUUACCGAGUACUACACUCCCUCUUAUGUCUUUGAAGACUACAACAACGAAGGCACCAAUUUGUUGAGUGCAGCAAUCCAACUGGGCCAUACUAGAACGACAGACACGAUUCUCAACUACAUCCUGGACAACAGCCCCAGUCCCCAGGCACUGAAAGAAUUUCUCUCCAAACCAGACGCGAAAGGUAGAUGCGUGGCACAUUAUCUCUUCAAUCAACCUCGACUUAUAGACCGCAUCGGACAUCUCUUGCCCUGGCAGCUGAAAGAUAAGAACGGCCAGACACCGGUCUUCGCUUUGGCUAGGGCAUACGAUCACGAUGAGUACCACGACAUGGUCGAUAAAGCACUGCUCGCCGCAACUCACUAUCAGGAUGACGGACAACCAUUACAUCUUGACGAGCACGUCGACAACAAGGGAAACAGCCUGCUACACAUCAUCACAGACCCUCAACUAGCAGCAAAGCUACUGUACCGCUGCGAUUCCGAUGCCAAUGCGACAAACGAUCGACAGUUCACACCACUCAUGGUAGCUAGCAAAUACGGCCGAACGGACAUGGUGCGAGUGCUCUUCCAAGACCCCCGAGUAGACCUUUCUUACAGAGACGCCCGUGGCCUCACCGCCGUGGAACUCGCCAAAGACGACGACGUCCGAAACCGCAUCGACGAUCUGGUUCUCCUCUCAAACGAAGCCGGUCCAGAUGGUCGCACAACAACCGUCGUUCGCUCCUUUUUUGUCGAAGACGGAACAGUCCGCCUCGUUUUGAAAUCCGGUGCGCCCAAUGACAACAAGACCAUUACCGUGACAACUUGUCGUAGAUCGUCGCAGGAUUUCGAGAAUCUUGCGAAAUGGCUCGCACAAGAACAUCCUGCGUCUUGGUUACCUGUCAUACAUAACCUAGCAUCCCCUUACCUGAUUCCGUCGAGACCUUCGCGGUCGAUUCUGCGGGAUAUGCAGUUACGCCUCGAUGCGUUUCUCAAAAUCCUGCUGCGUCAUCCCACCUUCUCCACGCACGAAAUGGUCUGGGAAUUCUUCUUGGUGCCUGACAUCGACUCGUCGAUGCUAGCCGAGCGCUCCGCGCGGAAAGCCGAACUGCGCGUUGAGCGGUUGAGAGAAGAGUAUGCGCCUAUAUACGACGUAAGGGAAGUGGAACUCUUUGUCCAGCACAUGCGGGAAAACAUCCGGGCGCUACAUCAUGCGUCAAGGAGUGUGCUGCGGCGCGCAAACAAAGUCCGGGCUAGCGCUAGUGAUCUCAACGAUGCAGCAAAGAUAUCGAACACGGCUAUGCAUUCGCUUACCUUUUUACCGGAAGCCCAUCUCAAGGCACUGGACCGGUAUACAGCGUGUUUAAAACAGAGCGACGCAAGUCCCAUGUCAGGAUUCUAUUACUCCAUGCACGCCAUCUCCUCAACCAUCACCGCCAUCCUAACCGCCUUAUCCCGCCCUUCCACCAUCAUUACCCAAAUGGCAGCGACGCAGAAAUCCAUCGACCGCCACAACCUGUCUGUUCGCCGCAGCGACCGCUGGCCCCUGGGCCUGCUGGACGACGCUCGCUCCCGUGUCCAGCGCGAUGCGCAGGACAAGAUGGAUAAGAGUAGAGGCGAAUUGGAGGAUUGGGGCCGCGAACUCCGGUACACGCAGCAGGUUGUUGCGCAGGAGUUGGCGAGCUGGCAGGAGAAUAGGGUUGAGACGGGGAAGAAUGCGCUGAGGGAGUUGGCGAGGAAGAUGGUGGUUGUGGAGCGGGCUAGGUUGGAGAGUAUGAGGAGGGCGGUUAGGGGGUUGGGGAUUGGCGGAGAGGUUGUUGGCGUUGGAGAGAGUACUUCACAUCAUCAACAUCAACAACAUGGGGGGAUCAUGGCGAAUGGGGGGUUGGUCAAUGGGUUUGCCGAUCGUCAUCAUCAUGACCAUGGUAUGGAUGUUGCUGGGCCGCUUCUUACAACGGUUGAGCAGGCCAGGUUCCACGAUGUUACGGAUGAGGACGUUGAGGAGGGACCGGGUGCUGUUGAGGACUCGGAGGCUGAAGGCGUGGUUUGGUCGAAUGGAGAGGUGGCGGCCGAGGAGGUGCCGCCUGCGGAUGAACUUGCGCAGGAGUCGAUGAUGUCGAUUGGGGGGAUAGGGAGGGAUCAAGUGGUGGGGUAA